GCGGUGCCAAUCUCGAGCAUCGAGAGAGGGCGGGCCAAGAGUGUUCGCGGGAGGGAGGGGAAGGCCCAGGGAACCCAGCCGCGCUGCCGCCGCUGCCGCCGCCGCCGCCGCCUGAGUUGGAGGAGGGAGAAGCCAGGAAGAAAAUGGCGGCCGUGGCUGCUGAGGCGGCGGCGACUGCAGCGUCUCCCGGGGAAGGGGGCGCCGGCGAGGCCGAGCCGGAGAUGGAGCCCAUCCCUGGCAGCGAGGCCGGCGCGGACCCGCUCCCGGUCACGGCCACGGAAGCCUCGGUGCCGGAUGGCGAGGCCGACGGGCAGCAGUCCUCCCCUCAGGCCGCCGAGCCGCCGCUCCCGUCGCCGCCGGGGGAGCUCGCUCGCAGCCCGGAGGCGGCGGCGCCGGAGGCCGAGGCCAAGGAGGAGCUGCCCGCGCGGGCGGGGGAGCCGGCAGCAGCCGAGGGGCCCGAGUCGCCGUCGCCGCCCGCGCAGCCCCCGGCCCCGGAGGAGCCGCCGCGGCCGCCGCCCGCAGCCCCCGCGCUCGCGCCUGCGCCGCCGGCCGUGUCGCAGCUGAUCCCCGGCUCGGAGGUGCGGGUCACGCUGGACCACAUCAUCGAGGACGCGCUCGUUGUGUCGUUCCGCCUCGGGGACAAGCUCUUCUCCGGGGUCCUCAUGGAUCUGUCCAAAAGGUUUGGGCCCCAUGGGAUCCCUGUGACAGUAUUUCCCAAAAGGGAAUACAAGGAUAAACCUGAAGCCAUGCAGCUCCAAAGUAACACAUUCCAAGAAGGGCCAGAGAUCAAGUGUGAAGUGAAUGGUGCUGUUCCCGAUGACCCUUCUCAUGUUCCAUCUUCUGAGCCGAGCUUGGCUGAAAGCCUGUGGACUUCCAAACCACCACCCCUCUUCCAUGAAGGAGCACCUUACCCUCCCCCAUUGUUUAUCAGGGACACAUAUAACCAGUCAAUACCUCAGCCACCUCCUCGGAAAAUUAAGCGACCCAAACGAAAAAUGUACAGGGAAGAACCUACGUCAAUAAUGAAUGCUAUUAAACUAAGACCCAGGCAAGUCCUGUGUGACAAAUGCAAAAGUAGUGUUGUUGCUGAAAAAAAAGAAAUUAGAAAAGGUAAUAGUGCAAGUGACUCAUCUAAGUAUGAAGAUAAAAAGCGGAGAAAUGAAAGUGUAGCUACUGUGAAUAAAAAGCUGAAAACUGACCAUAAAGUAGAAGGGAAAAACCAGAAUGAAAGCCAGAAAAGAAGUGCUGUGGUUAAGGUUUCAAAUAUUGCUCACAGCAGAGGCAGAGUAGUUAAAGUUUCUGCUCAAGGAAACACAUCAAAAGCUCAGUUAAGUACUAAAAAAGUGCUUCAGAGUAAGAACAUGGAUCAUGCAAAAGCUCGUGAAGUGUUGAAAAUUGCCAAAGAAAAGGCACAAAAGAAGCAAAGUGAAACCUCUGCAUCCAAAAAUGCACAUUCAAAAGUCCAUUUCACACGUCGCUAUCAGAAUCCGAGCUCAGGUUCCCUUCCGCCCCGGGUGCGUUUAAAACCACAAAGGUAUAGGAAUGAAGAAAAUGACUCUUCUUUGAAGACAGGACUUGAGAAAAUUCGGAGUGGCAAGAUGACCCCCAAGCCCCAGUCCCGCUGCACCUCUACCCGCUCAGCAGGUGAGGCCCUUUCAGAAAAUCAGAUUCCCUCAAAAGGCCCUCAAGAGGCCUGCAGGGAGGUUCAGGACACCAAUGAAGGGCUUGUUCCUGGUGAGCAGGAGGAACUGCAGACACUGGGCAGAAAGGGCUGCAAAAGCAAUAUCUCUGUUUACAUGACCUUAAAUCAAAAGAAACCUGACUCUUCCAGUGCUUCAGUGUGUAGCAUUGAUAGCACAGAUGAUCUGAAAUCCUCCAACUCUGAGUGUAGUUCUUCUGAGAGCUUUGAUUUUCCUCCAGGCAGUAUGCAUGCACCUUCCACCUCCUGUACUGCCUCCUCUUCAAAGGAAGAGAAAAAGCUCAGUAAUUCUUUGAAAAUGAAAAUCUUUUCCAAAAACGUCUCUAAGUGCAUCACACCAGAUGGCAGGACCAUAUGUAUAGGGGAUAUUGUUUGGGCCAAGAUAUAUGGCUUUCCCUGGUGGCCAGCCCGUAUUCUGACCAUAACUGUAAGCCGGAAAGAUAAUGGCCUUUUAGUCCGACAGGAGGCCCGAAUUUCUUGGUUUGGGUCUCCAACCACCUCUUUCCUUGCUCUUUCACAACUCUCCCCCUUUUUAGAAAACUUCCAGUCACGCUUUAAUAAGAAGAGAAAGGGCCUGUAUCGCAAGGCUGUUGCAGAGGCAGCUAAGGCUGCCAAGCAGCUGACCCCUGAAGUGCGGGCUCUGUUGACACAGUUUGAAACCUGAACAUGGACAGUAAGCACAGAGGCAUUAACUGGCCACUGAUUUCAUGGACCUCUACCACAUGACACCACCAGAGCAUCAGGACUGGAUGCAACUGGAGACUCAGAUUUCUGAAGCAGUGGUUAAAACCCACAGUCUGUACAGGGGCACUUGCAAAGUGUGCUAUAUGAAACCGAAGAAAAGGUAUUAGGGGAACAUUUUAUUAAAAAAAAAAAACUAUUGCAAUAAAUUAUGCAUGAGAUAAGAAGUGAUGUGAGAAACAUACAAAGAACGUGAAUUUUAAGUAAGAAGAACCACUGACAGUAAAUUCUUUUGAACAUGGAGUUCUUAUCAGGACAGUUUGGGCAGACCUAGAAGGCACGGGAUGGUGGCAGGAAUGUUGAAUUAUUUUUCAUAUUAAAGCUUUGUGCAUUACCAAGGAUUAGUUCAGAUGUGAGCUAAGGUAAAGUGGCUCACAAAGAAACAGCAAUAGUAAUGAUGCUUGAGGCCAAGGUUUCCCUCAGGUGCAGACAGUUUAGCAUCCUACUAGAAGGAUGGCAAAGUGCCCCACCCCACCAAGAAAUUGGAUUUUUUUUUUUCCCCCCAAAAGCAGGGCUGUACUAUCUUGGAUAUAUGUUUGCUUGUUAGAACAUAAUUAAGAUGUAUUUAUUUGCCACCAGUAUUUAACAUUUGCACAUUUUCAUAACUACAUUAUUUUAAAUUCUAACUCAGUGUGAACAGGCUAGUGUUGAUCCUGGAGUGAAAAAUGAACUCUAAGAACUGUUAUAGUUCUCAGUUCUCCUGUGUUGGAAAAGCUUCUCAUUCUCCCUGUCCCUACUGAUUUUACCUAGUUCAGAAGGAGACAGUAUCUGGAUUUUUAAGUGGCCCUCUUUCACAGAGAGUCCCUUCUAAGUGAAAGCAAUUCUCAUAGAGAUGGUGUCUACUUUUUCAUGCAUGGAGCAUGGACUUUUUAUUAAAUGCAACCAUAAUGUUUUUCUUAUCUUUGGAAAGGACAUAUUAAAAAAAACUUUGAAUUUUUUUUUUUAAUGAAUGGAGAAAACAGUGAGAAAAACAAAUGGACCUGUUAGUACUACAUUUUUAAAGGCAUUUUAUAUUUGAUGGUGCCGUACUUUUAAUAAUAAUAAAACUGAAGUUUUUUAGUGGCAAUACUUAUUUUUUAAACAAGAAAGAUAAUCCAUAUUGAUUAAUUACUUAUACAAAAAAGGGAAAAAAUGCCAAAAAAAUUUUAAAAAUCACUUGAAGCAAUGUAGCAGAUAACUGAGCAUUUGGCUCAGGUAUCAGGCUUUACAUUAUCUUACUGCAUAGGCCUGGGAUGACUUAACCCCACACUCAGGACUGGCAAGUACAAGGUUCUGGGUGAGUUUCAGAACAUUUCAUAUACCUGCCUAGGAUCUAUCUAUUUUACAAGUCAAGAAGACAAGUUAGGCAGCCUUCUUCCAGUGAGUUUAAUGCAAAUCCUAGUCACACAGCAAGUAAUGAAAGGUUCUGAAUGCACUCUAAAUAGUCUUGGAAAACUGUACCAUGAAGCUAUCAUACGUCUGAUCAGAUCUGCAGGAGUCAGCUUGGGGCCUGUUUCUGGUCCAGGGCUGAGGCUCGGUGGGUCCUCAGAUAUCUAACACCAGCACUACCUUUCAGGCUCACUUGAAAACCAGGUUACUCCCAAGCUGUGGUAGAUUGCAUCAUCAAGAUUUUAAAUUCAGCAUUAGAAUUCUUUGUGCAGACUGAUGGCAGAGACCAGGAAGUAAGGUAAGGCAACAGAAUUGGGAGAGAUCAGGUUUAAGCAUCUAACUUUUUUUUUUUCCAUUACAAAUUACCAGUGUUAUAUAUAUAUAUAUAUAUAUAUAUAUAUAUAUAUAUAUAUAUACACCAGAUUUUCAUUUUUAAAAAAAUGAAACUUGGUGGUAUUUAAAAUUUAGACAUACCAUGUUGUUAUUUUACUUCAUUGCUUUAGUUGCUUAAUAUUUAAGCUUUGCUUCGAGGUACCUGUCUGUAUUUCAAAUUUUCGCAGCUUAUUUCAUUUUAUAGACUUGAACAACAAAAAUUGUUUCUCAUCUAAAGUAUGCUGAGACUUAAAUGUUAAAGAAUGUUGUGUAACAUUUAUCCAAUAAAGUUUUGACUUUUUAAA